GCCUCACAGCCGGGUGAUGGCGGAGACAUGGGGCGCCCGCUUCCCCCGGAGCCGCUUCUUCAGCGGCUUUGUGUGUGGGGCGGCCCUGGGCGCCGCAGCCUCUGGGCUGGCCGCCAUGAAGCUCCUUAGGGAACCCCGUAUCCCACCCCCGCUCCGACAGAGCCCCGUCCCCGCCCUCAAAGAGCCGUCGCCUCCACCACAGCAAGAGCGGGAGGAACCUGUAACAGAGUCUGUGUUGAAAAAGUAUGGCUUUCCUGCAGCUGGAACCCAGAUCAAAUUUUACACCAAUCACGCACUAUCUUAUGAUCAGGCAAAACGAGUACCUAGAUGGGUGAUUGAACAUAUUUCGAAACUCAAGACCUUGGGCAAUGCAGACAGAAAACAUUGUAAAUUUAGACCUGAUCCUAGCAUCCCUCCAAUGUUCAGUGCCAUGAAUGAAGACUACAUCGGGAGUGGCUGGUCACGAGGCCAUAUGGCACCAGCAGGGGAUAACAAAUACUCACCAAAAGCCAUGGCAGAAACAUUUUAUCUGUCCAACAUUGUACCUCAGAACUAUGAGAAUAAUGCUGGAUUCUGGAAUAGAAUAGAAAUGUAUUGCCGGGAACUGACUGAAAGAUUUGAAGAUGUCUGGGUUGUUUCAGGACCUUUGACUUUACCUAUGAUGGAUGAUGAUGGGAAGAAAAGAGUUGUCUAUCAGGUAAUUGGAAAAGAUGACGUUGCUGUACCUUCACAUCUGUACAAAGUGAUUCUUGCCAGACGAAGUGAAACAUCCACAGAUCCUUUGGUACUUGGGGCCUUCGUGGUGCCCAACAACCCCAUUGGCUUUGACCACCAGCUGCUAGAAUUCCAAGUUGGCAUUGAAGACCUAGAGAAAAUGUCAGGCCUUGUUUUCUUCCCACAAGUGAAUAAAACCAAAGAUGUUAGAAAUAUCUGUGAGGUCGAUACUUGUAAGCUGAUGAGCUUGGAAGAGUUCACUUUGUACAUCACCACUCGGAAGUUACAGGGUGCCCGGACUCUGGAAAGGUUGGGAAAGAUCAUGUCUGAGUUACAGGAAAAAGGCAUUGAGCCUGAUGAAUUUCUUUUAAAGGUUUACAAGAAGAAGGAGGAAGAAUUAGCAACACAAAAGCCAAUGGAGGCAAGAGAAGGGAAAGCUGGUUAAUUGCUCAUUUUCUAAUAAAUAAAUAAAUAAAUAA